AUGCCAGAGGACGACGAUGACCGCCCCAAGUAUCUGAUUGAUCUGGCGCUUGGGCUCAGCACCCGAUACUCGAAGAUCGGGACUGUAUCUGACAUCGAAGAUGCUGUUCAUAUUGCUUACCAAGGGCUCGGAAUGACGCCAAAUGACCACCCCGACCGUCCCAAGUACCUCAGUUUUCUUCGAAGCCUUUUUAACAAGAAAUAUCUAAGACUAGGAGUAUUGUCUGAUCUUGAGAAGGCAAUUCAGCUCGCGCGCGAAGCACUCAACAUGUCACCGAAUGAUGAACCUUCUUCCAGCGCGCUAUUUCUAAUCAAUCUUGGAAUUCACUCCAUAAUAGGUUCUUGA